AUGUCCACUGGGUUUGUCAUACUCGAUGAACAGGGAAAUCCAUAUCCUGAUGAUCUACCUUGUUCUGGAGAAGUGGGUCUCUUCCCUUUGUAUUUUGGUGCUACCAAUCGGCUUCUCAAUGCUGACCACGAUAAUGUUUACUUUGAUGGAAUGCCCAUUUACAAAGGACGGCAACUCCGACGACAUGGAGAUAUAAUCCAGAGGACAGUAGGUGGUUACUAUUUCGUACAGGGCAGAGCAGAUGACACUAUGAAUCUUGGAGGGAUUAAGACAAGUUCAGUGGAGAUCGAACGGGUUUGUAAUGGAGCCGAUGAGGGUCUGCUAGAAACAGCAGCUGUUAGCAUCAAACCUUCUGGCGGGGGACCAGAACAACUGGCUAUAUUGGCAGUGCUAAAAGAUGGAUCCACAACAGGCGAUGCAAAUCUUCUGAAGAGCAAGUUCCAGAGAGCCAUUCAGAAGAACCUCAAUCCCCUUUUCAAGGUGAGCUACGUCAAAAUCGUCCCCGAGUUCCCAAGAACUGCUUCAAACAACCUGCUGAGAAGGGUCCUGAGGGAUCAGCUCAAGAAAGAACUCGUGAAUCGCAGCAAGCUAUAA